CUUUCAAAACAAGAUGAAGUGGUUCGUGAUACUUCUCAUGUUCAGCCAUAGUUCAUCUGCAGAGUCACACUUCCUGAAGAUUUACUUCACUGGAUCUUCUGGGUUCACAAAUGUUCCUGCAUUUGAAAUUCUUGGAAAAUUGGAUGACAUCGAAGGAGCUUACUGUAACAACAAAAUAGUUGAUUCAAAAAUAGACUUUGUGAAGAAAUUAUUUAGUGAUGAUCCCAAACUAUUUGAGUUUAUAAAAAGUAGUUGCUUUAUCACUAAUCCUGCCUUCUUCAGACAUAUGAUCGCUGAGCUUAUGAAGAAAUUCAAUCAAAGUGAAGGUAUCCACACUUUCCAGAGGAUGGGUGGCUGUGAACUGAAUAUGGAAACUAAAGAGGUUACUGGUUUUUUGAAGUACGGUUAUGAUGGAGAAGACUUUCUUGAAUUUGAUUUAAAGGGACUGAAAUGGAUUGCGCUGAGAAAAGAGGCUCUUUUUCUCAAACAGCUUUGGGAAAUGGAUAGACAAGAUCUCAUUUUUAACAGAGAUCUCCUCACAAAUCGAUGCUAUCAGGCUCUUAAUUACUCCUUGGUCGCUGGACACAACUAUUUGUUUAGAACAGAUUACCCCUCAGUUUCUCUCCUUCAGAAGACUCCCUCCUCUCCAGUCAGGUGUCACGCUACUGGUUUCUACCCAAAGAGUUUCCUGAUGUUCUGGAGGAAGGAUGGAGAGGAGAUUCAUGAGGGUGUGGACCCUGGAGAUAUCCUCAACAAUGAGGACAGUACAUUCCAGUAUCGUGUUGAUCUGGAUAUUUCUUCAAUCCCAUAUAUGGACUGGGCGAGGUACGACUGUGUGUUUCAGUUUACUGGAGCUGAGGACAAAAUCCUGAUCAAGCUGGAUAAAGAAGUGAUCAAGACCAACCGGGAUCAAUCAUCUGAGAUAAGGAUUAUCAUUAUUGUUGUCAUUUCUGCUGUGAUAACCAUCAUCAUCAUCGCUUUAGCAUUUACUGCCUACAAGAGAAAUGAUUCUGAAAACACGUUUCUCUGAGAAACUGACAUGAGAAUCAAGACGGAGAAAUGCAGCAUCCUGCUCUGACUUUGGUUUCCUAAUGGGAUUGUGGGAAUUUAAGCCUUUAUGAAAUCAAAAAGAAUAAGUUAGGCUUUAUCAAAGUAAUACCUGUCAUUCAUUUAAUUUGUACAAAUAAAAUCCCUCUAAGGAUGAAUUCAUACCUA